AUGACAACUGUUGCGUCACUGAUGUCGAAAGAGCUAGGAUACUCGCAGGAGUUCUACCAGCUGCUGGGCUCGCUGUCAUUGGUGUGUUGGAAAUGGUUCCGCUACAUUACGAAUCGCUUCUUCACGCAUCUCUCGCUCGAUCUCAAUCACGGUUGGGAGCAGCCCCAGUGGCGGUGUGCGCUGCCCGAGACGCCGCUCUCUUUUAUCAUGGUCACCAACAUCUUUCUCGACAACUGGCCACAAUACUAUGGGAUGCCUCCCAUAGUCUACGGCGGAAGCAAGUGCACACUACUCGCGCCACACAACAUACUUCGACUCUCUGUCCAUGUCACCGACCAAGAGAGCGAUGCGGCCAUCACAGUCGAUAUGGUCAGACUUUGCACCAAUCUACAGACUGUCGAUCUCUAUGCCCAGCUGCACCAAUCUGCCAAAGUGGACAAUAUUGCCAAAACACUCCAGUCAAUCAAUCCACUCUUGGCGAUAUCGCUCACUGUAGCACAUGCAGACCUUUGCAACCCUCGUGCCGAUGACACUGGCCUCUGGCAUCCAGCCUUUACAAACUACCAAUCUGUCCAUUACUUGGCUCCUACAUGCUUUGUUGAACUUCCUCUCUGCAUUAGACCUUGGACACCCAACCGUUUCACCUUUGUCAAUGAGUGCCAGUCCUGGAUUGGCUACGACCACAAUCUCAUUGGCGAUCGAGAGCACACUCGGCUUCUCAUCGCGCAUAUCCUCCAGACUGCACCGUCCCUGGCCGAGGUUGACUUUGGAACGAUCCCCAUUGAGCUGGAGGAGCUCACUCAGACAGUGUCGAUGGCCAAUAUUCGCUCUGUUACCUGUAGACUCGAAUUGGCCAACAACCUCUUUGCAAAGGAGAGCUGGCACGAUGGAUACAAUGCUUUGGAGGACGCGAACCCUGGAAAGACCAGCUUGACCCCAGACGACGCUUGCUCCCUGGACGCAAAUGUGAUCUUGUCCGAGCUGCGCCACUUUGACGUGCUGUGCAAAAGCCUAUCAACUUCAUCCAUUGAGCGACUGACCUGCAUCAAUAACGGGCCCGAGUACAACCACUGUGGCUCCAAGAUCGAGUCGGUUGCCCUUUUCUUCAUGCAGUUCUGUCUGUUUCUGACACAUGGCGCGAUGCUCGACAACUACAUCGAUUCUCUCAACGAUGCUAUCAGUACGAACAAAUCCAUCUCCAUAAUCUCGCUCCAGUGCAACCAUAUCGGUCUUGACUUUGAUUGA